CCGGAAGUUUCUGUUCCACCCGGAGCAGAAUAAAGACGCUCCUCUAGUUUUAUGUCCUGUUUCUGUAAACUGAACUCCUGUUUGUUUGUUUAUUUGCUCUUAUUUAUUAAUUUAUUUGCUUUUCUCCGGGUUUCUCGGAGGCGGUUCUGUCGGUACCGGAGCUCCGGGUGUAGCUGCCGCUCCUCCAGGAGCUCCACGGUUCUCCAGUCGCCGGGUGACGGUCAGCGCGAAGCCCGGUCAGGGGAUGUGUUCCUCCGCGGUCAUGCACACCCAGCUCGCCGCCGUCAUGGAGGCUCUGGUCCACUCUGCGGUGGCGGAGCUAAAUAAGCUGCUGGAAGACGGUCCGGUGUUCGAGAGGAGCGGGGACGCAGGGGAAGAGCAGCCUGGGACGGACAGAGGGCGAGCGGAGACCCGGGAGAAGAUGGUGCUGUUCGCCUCCACCUUGGAGACUCUGGGGAACGAAGCUCUGGGGAAGAUCCUGAACAUCCUUGAUGGGGCGAGGCUUGUGGUGCAGGUGGGGAGGAGCAGCAGGAGGCUGCAGACCAGCAUCCUCAACAUCCUGAACAAUGCUGAUGUUGAAUGUGAACAUUCGUACGGAGUCAGGCAGCAGAGCUGCGACGCAGACCGACCGACCCAGGUCGUUGAGAAGGAGGCUGAGACGGCAGAGAGUCCUUUUGUCCCGGCGGUCACCGUUAAAGACGAACGAGGAAACAUCGACCUUGGAGCCAUCGCAGAGAGAGCUCGUGUUGAAGCUGCGACGCUACCGUCUGACCUGGAGGAGUCAGAGGUCACACGGCCCAGCCCCUCCUGCUCAGUUUGUGGGAAGUCCUUCUCGUCUCAGAGCAACCUGAAGUCUCACCAGCUCAUCCACACCGGAGAGAAACCAUUCGCCUGCAGCGAGUGUGGGCGUGCCUUUCGACAGCGGCAGAGUCUGCAGAGCCACCUGCGCACGCACACCGGCGAGCGCCCCUUCGAGUGCUCACAAUGCGGCAAGCGUUUCUCCAAGCAGAGUCAGCUGAAGACGCACGCCGUCGUCCACAUGGGCCAGAAGCCGUACGCCUGCGACGUGUGCGGCCGCCGCUUCAAUCUGCUGCAGAACCUGCACCGCCACGCCAUCACCCACACUGGAGAGAAGGCCUUCACCUGCGACGUGUGCGGCAAAGGCUUUGCACGCUCCGUCACGCUCAAAACGCACGAACUCAUCCACACCGGCCAGAAACCCUUCGUGUGCGAGCAGUGCCCCAAAUCGUUCCGACACGCCGCCAACCUGCGGAACCACCAGAGGACCCACAGCGGUGUGCGGCCGUUCACCUGUGACCUCUGCAGCAAGACUUUCAGGCAGGCGGUGAACCUGAAGAUCCACCGCAGGAUCCACACCGGCGAGCGGCCCUUCAGCUGCCGCCUCUGCGGCAAGUCGUUCAGCCAGCAGAGCAGCCUGAUCUCGCACGGCCGCACGCACUCCUCCGACAGGCCGUUCCACUGCGGCUUCUGCGAGAAGGGCUUCAAUAAUGCCAACAGCCUGAAGCUGCAUACCCGCAUCCACACCGGAGAGAAGCCCUAUGCCUGCGAGGUCUGCGGGAAAACCUUCAGCCAGGGCAGCCACCUGCGGACGCACCGGAGACAUGUCCACGCCGGCGGGAAGCAGUUCAUUUGCGACAAGUGCGGGAAGAGAUACGCCGACCAACGCAACCUGAAGCUGCACAAGUGCUGCUACGCCUGAACCGGACUGGACUGGACCGGACUGGACCACUCAGUUAGAAGAAGGCGGAGCUUCAGGGUCGUAUUUAAGUCUCCACUAGACCACAUGUUUCUUAUAAUCUUUUUAAAGAGAGUCUGGAAAUACUUUGUGUCUAGUUUGCUUACAGGAAAUGAAGCUUUUUUGACCAGUCACAGCUCAUACUUUCAUGAAAGUGGGCGGGAACUCAUCCUAAGACUCUUCCCAGUAUAAACUCUACAGUUUCCAUGAGCUUCAGUUUAAUUGCUCCGCCCUCAGCUGUGACAUCAUCCUGUCUGAACGCUUUGAUUGGCCAAAGCUUUGAAUUACAUUUAUAAUGAUUUCUAGGCUUCUUCUGAAUUUAUAUUUAUUUUCUACACAAUUUUUUUUCAUGUUUUGGUGAAAUUUAAAUAAAAAUUGAAGAAACAAA